CUGCACUCGUCUCCAGCAAGCGUUGCCGAGCGCCGAAGGAGACCUCCCCAGCAAACGGCUUUCAUCUGAUCCAUCCACCAUACGUGCUGAAAACACAACUCGCAAAAUGGACGCAACUCCCGAAAUAGCUACUAACAUUUUGAAUGCCUCUUUGCCGCUUCCCUACAGCAGCAGCCAGGUAGCCUAUGGCUACCCCGAAGGCUACUCGCUCAUGGACUUGGUUCCUGACGACGUGAAGCCCUUGAUCCAUCCUCACUGGAGCAACUUCCCUCCCGUCAACCCCAUGUGGCACUACCUGCUGGCCGGCAUCUUCAUCAUCCUGGGCAUUCUCUCCUUCUUCGGUAACGGCAUGGUCAUGUAUCUGUUCUCGUGCAAGAAGAAUCUCCGCUCGCCCGCCAACAUGUUCGUGGUCAACUUGGCUUUCAGCGACUUCAUGAUGAUGGUGACACAGUUUCCCAUGUACGUGGUGAACUGCUUUGAAGGUGGCUACUGGACCCUUGGCGCCUUUGCCUGCCAGGUGCACGCUUUCACGGGGGCAAUCUUUGGACUCACCUCCCUUCUGACACUGGCAGCUAUCGGCUACGAUCGCUACUGCGUUAUCGUGAAGGCCUUCGAUGGCGGUCACAUCAGCUCAAGCAAGGCCUUCAUUAUGAUCCUGUUCUGCUGGGGAUACGCCACCGCCGUGUCCAUCUGGCCCUUCUUCGGCUGGAACGCCUACAUUCCUGAGGGCAUCCUCACUUCCUGUAGCUUCGACUACAUCAGCCGAGAUUGGGGAACCAGGUCCUUCGGCAUCUUCCUGUUCGUCAUGUGCUACUGCAUCCCUCUCCUCAUCAUUAUCUUCGUCUACUCCCAGAUCGUUAGUGCCAUCCGUGCCCACGAGAGGGCGCUGCGGGAACAGGCCAAGAAAAUGAACGUGCAAACCCUUCGUUCCAACUCCGACCAGAAUAAGCAGAGCGCGGAGGUGCGCAUCGCCAAGGUGGCCGUUGGCAACGUGUUUCUAUGGCUGCUCACCUGGACUCCUUACGCCGCCGUGGUUUUGACGGGUUUGUUUGGCGACCAGAACAAGCUGACACCUCUCGUGUCCGCCUUGCCGGGACUCAUCUGCAAGACAGCCUCCGUGUACAACCCCAUCAUGUUCGCCAUCUCGCAUCCCAGGUUCCGCCUGGCGCUGAUGGAGGUGUGGCCCUGGUUCUGCAUCCACGAGGAUAAGGACGACGACACCAAGUCUACGAAGACUGAAGAUGGUGAGACCAAAUAGGUUUUUGAUUACACGGAAAAACUUUGUCGGUCUUUGGCUACUCUGGAAACUCGGUCUCGAUCUUUCAUUAUUACGCUGACGACUUUCGAUAUGGGUAUCUGGUACAGAGAUUGUGGACAGCUUUAGUGAUUUUCAUUGUUUGCACCAGCAACCGAUAGAAGCACUUGUUGUUAGUCCUCCUUUACCUUUGUUUGUGAUACUGACUAACUGCCGUUAAAGAGAGAAACCGGGAGGGGCGGGUGGUUAGUUCGUAACAGCUUGAAGAAAAUGCAAAUGAAAAAAAUGCAAAUAAAAGCAUAAAAAAAAUACUGAUAUGCAGAUUAAAAGAAAAAAAAAAUAGUAUUGUGUUAUAGCAACAAUUCAUUAAACUUGCUAAGUAUG